ACGGUCCCUGGAGACUCGUCCAUCCUACACUCUAAUCCAACCUUCCACGGGCAAGACCAGGUGAGGAGAACAGCCAUGGACUACAAGGUCUUUUGUUUAUUUGCCAUCGCCCUCAUCGUUGGGUCCUUCAGCUCCGCACAUGGACAGGCCGCACUAACUCAGGCCCAAUGCAACGUUCUACCCGUUGCAAGAGUAAAUUGUGGAGAACCCGGAAUCACAGCAACUGAGUGUUUCAACAAGGGAUGCUGCUUCGACAGCACUAACCCAGAUGCCAUCUGGUGCUACUACGCUCGUCCAGAUGAUGAGUGCGUCUUGUAAAUGGACUCUGAUGAACAACACGGUCUCUGCCAGUGGAAGAACGCCAUAGGACACAACCGUCAUCGCGUAUCAUCUCUACCUAUAGACGGAACUAUCAGAAAACCAUCUCUGCCAGAUUUCACAUCCUAAAAGACUUUCCCUCUUUCUAAAUUUAUUACAGCCAGGCACAUAUGUAAAGAAAUAAAGCUGCAAUUGGA